UCCUCUAAACACUUAUAUCGCGCCAAGUUCCAUCCGAACCAAUCCAUACGGGCUGGUUACUAUGGUAAAAAAACAACAUGGAUCCUUAUCAAUUCGGCAUAUGAAGUUCAUACGACAAAACAAACGCACUGGACAGUUGCUUACAAUUAUACGCACAAGAAGCAGAGAAGAUCGAAAGAACGAAUGAACCUUUCGACAAAGGUCAGUAUUCAAGGUGCCAGGGGUCUUUGUUGCUUAUUAUGGAGGCCGGUCCCAUGACACCUUGUAUGAUCAGGCACAGUAAGCACAGCCAGAAAAAGAGAUGCGGACUCAGACUGAGAUGAAAUCAUGCGGUACUUGCACUCGAUUUUCUGUUUUCCUCCUUACUCUUUCCCUCGUCCCUUUAUCUCCGUAUCAGAGCUACGGCUGCCACAAUCACCACGACGACGACGACAACGACAUACCCUAGGUGCCCAGGCUAGAUCUAGCGAGUAGAUGGCACUCAGACACAAGAACUCUCUUGACAUUCGACUUGCGGAAUCGGUGGUCUUUUUACGUGCUGGAGAUGCAACAGGAAGGUUCAGACAUCCCGUCAGCGAACCGCCCGCUAUGUUGCGCGGUCUGCUCGUUCUGAACCUUGUCAAACCGACAAAGAUUACCAGUAUAGAGGUGGAACUCGUUUGUAAGACGAACACCUCCUGGCCUGAAGGCGUCGGUGCUAGACGAAUAGACAUAUCAGAAGAACACAAAAUAUACUCACAAGCUUACGUUUACUUCGACGCAACCUCCGCAUCGUCAUCCUCACAUCGUCGAACCCUCUCCGUUGGACCUGGCAUUGCUCUUGAUCAUGAAGACGAAGAACAUUCAGAAGACUCUUCGCUCAAUCAUCAUGACAACCGACCCUCAAUCACCCAAUCGCAAAAUCCCAGUCGCACACAACCAGAGUGGGAACGCAGAGGACGUGGGUUGACAAGAAGCGCUACGCGAGGACGUCCACCUGCAAGACAUAUGAGCGUAGACCAAACGACUUACCAGUCAGAUUACGUUGUUCACCGCGAUAUUCAAUAUCCUACUCCGCCGUACUCCCCAAGGGAGUCGCCAGCAUCUACUCCAGGGCAUUCGUUAAGUCGAAGAACGUCCCUGUCUCGUCCGUCACCUAUGGACACCGUGGAUGAGCUUCAGGAGAGUUCUGUACAGACGAUUGAUGGGUUGCCUAGGAUGCUUAGGACGAACAUGAUUUCUGAUUCUGAAUCGAGCCUCACACACCGCCGUUCCUCAUCUCUACAUCCGGACUCUGAUUCGCUUAGAGUCCAGUCCCCCACAGAAUCAGACCAGCUAAGCCCCUACCCUUACGACAACUCUGCUGAGUUUGUACUGGGUUCCAGCACAGGUCGAUCCGUGAACACCGAUCCUGGAACAUAUUCACCCUCACGCACAUUAUCUUCCCGCCCCACAUCCCCCACCGUCGUCCGAAACGGUUCUAAUUCUACUCUCAACAAUGAAGACUCCCAUGCUCGCGGCAGAAAUUCCAAAAGAUUCAAUCUCGCAAACGUCUCUACGGCUUUUCUCGAUGCAGUGAAAGAUAGGGUGAGGAGUGUGAGCCAUAAUGAGAGUGAUUUGGCAACACCUACGACUGUGCGAAAUAGGCAUGAUAGAGAGGUUACGCCGGUGAGGGAUAUGACACCUGUAAGGGAAGUGACACCUAUUCGGGAUCCAACGCCUUCAAGAACUCAGACAAGAGAUCAGAGUAGAGGAAGACGAAUGAGUCCGGAUAGAAGGAGAACGUCAGAGGUUGUUCCCAACGGAUCUGCGAAGGAGCCGGAUCACCAUAGAUCGGCAUUUGGAAUCGUGGGCGAGGUGCUUGGAUUGGAUGCGGAGGAUAAGAAGCAGUAUGGAGACGGUUGGAAGGAGUACAAAUCAGGAGUUUACACAUACCCAAUAUCUUUUGCGAUACCCGUGACAUCCUCACCCUCAAUAUCUUGCGAAUACGGCUCGGUCGUCUGGCAUCUCAAAGCUGUCGUCCACCGUCCAGGAACAUUCAAAUCGAAACUUUCCGCUACUCAGGAAGUCACUGUCGUUGCGUGUCCCGGUGAAGACGAUACAGAGGAUACAGAGAGUGUUAUUGUGGAAAGACAGUGGGAUGACCAGAUGCAAUACCUCAUAUCAAUUUCGGGGAGAAGCUUUUAUAUUGGGGGCACUAUACCCGUCAGUUUGACUUUUGCACCGUGGACGAAGAUGAAGGUAUACAAGUUAUCAGUCGUCAUUGAAGAGCGCGUCGAGUACCUCACCCACUUUAAACGCGUCGCGCGGACAGACUGUAUCAAUCGAAUAUCCCUUCUUAACCUUGCACCAGCCCACAAAGAAAUUCCGCUCCUUCCACUCCCGUUCGAUGAUCUUGACUCAUUCAGGAACUCACCUCUUCAUGAACUCGUUGGUCCAGACGACGACCCGUCAGAGGUAGCUUCUCACUUCCUUGGUCCCGGUCCCUGGCAACUUCAAACCGAGGUCGCUCUGCCAAAGAGUUGCACUCAGUUGCAUUUCACGAACAAAAACAAGAGGAGCAAUAUCUUGAUUUCACACUUGUUGAAGGUGAUCUUCAGAGUCCAGAGAGGGGAUGAGAGGGAUGUGGAUCCUACUAGUGGGAGGCGGAAGAUGUUUGACAUCGUGGUGCAGACGCCCAUCCACAUUCUUUCAUGCCUAUGCAGUCCAGCGUACACCUCCCUACCACCAUAUUCAGGCAACCUUGCAUCUGCUUCCGACGCUCAUUAUCUGUGUGACCGAAGCAACAGACUCCAUACCUCGAUUGGCUGUACUAGCCCUUCGCUCCCUAUUUUGCCCAACGGGCACUCAUCUACCGCAUCACUCACAUCCGGUGCAUUGUUGCACCCACAUCCUAGUCUGACGAGUACGCAUUCAACACAGACCACUCAUCCACAUCGCUGGCAGCUCGGUCGUCACGCUUCAGUCCAAUCCGCCUCGAGUUACUCGUCAGAUCAUCCAUCUGGUCAUACCUCCCCCGUACCCUUCUCUCCUGCCUAUAACCAGUUCGAACGCCUUAUGACGGGUCAGGAGACCGAAUUGGGAGAAUCUCCGCCGGCGUACGAGGACGUUGUUCCUCCAUGAUUUCUUUAUAUUGUAUAAUUGUACUUAUAGGGUCCAUUUAUGUGCCUUCACACCGCUCACUUGGGGACUGUUCGUUAAUUUUAUUCUUUAAGUGAUAGGAUGUAGAAUACGACCUUGUAUUAUCUGGCUCGGUUCUCGUGUUCUCACUCUUCGGUAUAAUGCAAAUGGUUACUGUGUCAAGAAGUCAAGAAGUAGUCUACAGAAUUAAUCUAUGGCAGAUUCAAGAAGAUACAAGAUGAUAUACGUAUAAAACAUGGAGACAAGAACAACAUGUUGGCUGUACUCAGAAUGAACU